AUGCAAAAGGCGUGUCAUAUUGUGGGCCUUAAGCCUGCCGAGCCAUUCGCUGACGUGCUCGCAGUCCUCGAGCGAGACGCCGGCGACGACGCUGACACAGCCGAGCAGCCCGGCGAGAAGGAGGACGAGCCAGGCCAGGGGCAGUCGGUCCUUGAGCGGCGGCUUUGCUCGGUUCAGGUCCCUCUGGGCUCCGGGUUCGGCGACCUCGUGUACGCCACGGUCCCUCUGGGCUCCGUGGCGACCAAGGUCGCCCGGGACUGGCUUGCCAACGAGCUCUACGAGCCGUCCCGGCGCGGCAAAAUUGAUGCGGCCUGCAGGGACCGAAAGGUCGCCGACCUGAUCACGGCUGCCGGCGCCUCGGCGCCGGCCGACGCCGUGUUCGGCGGCAGGUUUGCGACGGGCGAGACGCCCCGCCCAACGACCUCCGCCUCCGAGGCGUCUGCCUGGCGACGCGUCGGCGGCGAUGGCGGGAACGGCGUCGAGUACUUUGACCUUUUCGAGCCGGACCCCACCCCCAUGGAGGAUCUCUGA